AUGGACAAGAACCGAGAGAAGACCGACUCGAAAGAUGAUGGCACUCCAUCACAGAAUAUGACAUCGACGCCAGUGGAACAAGGAGUUCAAUUCCAAUUGAAUGCCGCGUAUGAUAGCAGUGGAAGGAAACUGUUUCCACCGCCAACGUCUGAUCCUUUGGACCCCUUGAACUGGUCCAGUAUUCGAAAGCACGUUAUCCUGGGCAUUGUGAUGCUGAAAUACUUCCUUUUCACAUACAUUACGACUACCACUGUUCCCUCGUUCGCCGAGAUCCAAUCUCAAUACCGGAUAAACUACUCCCAAGUGAACUGGACUGUGGCUAUCCCCGCCCUGGGACUGGCUGUUGGGCCAUUGAUAUGGUCUUCGCUAGGUGAUAUCUACGGUCGGAGACAAGUUUUCUUGGUUGGAACCCUCAUCGCUUUGAUAUCUACCAUAGGAGCCGCGGUAGCGGGCUCUUACGGUGGUUACAUGGCAGCCCGGUUUUUCCAGGGAUUUGGGGUGAGCCCAGCGUCUACUGUGGGGAUGGCUAUUGUAAAUGACUUAUUCUUUGAAUACGAACGCGGACAGAAGCUUGGCCUGUGGGUUUUAGCGGUCGACCUGGGUCUUUUGCUGGGACCAACUUUCGGAGGAUUUUUGAACAUUGUCAGCGCAGAUUGGGUUCUUUGGUUCAACGCUAUCCUGUUUGCCGUGCUUCUAAUACUUGAAGUUUUCUUCUUGCCUGAAACCUUGUACCCAAGGCAGCGGAUGUUGUUAUCCAUUGGCAACAUGCCAGCCAUCAGUCCUCUCAGAGAUGAGACAGAUAAGACCGCAACAGAGUCUUCUCCAUCUUGCCUUUUAAAGAUGCCCGCGGGGGGCAUCGUGUGCCCCGAUAUUCCUCGAACGACAUCCUUACCUUUUCUAACAUUUCGUCCCAUCCCAGGCAUGCGCCAUCCAAGACCAUGGGAUUCAUUAACCCGGUUCUGCCUCACUUUCCAGUUCCCUGUGGUUGUCAUCGCGGUGAUUGGGUUUUCAUUCACUUGGUAUUGGUGGAUUCUUUCAAUAAUAACAAUGGAGCCGGAGGCGUACUCGCAAUACACGCCACUCAUACAGGGGCUACUCUUUCUGGGACUUUCGCUUGGGACAAUAGUUUCAGAAAUAUGCUUUUCCGGACGACUGAGCGACAAUCUUGUCACAUGGCUGACGAAGAGGAAUGGAAACAUUCGCGCUCCGGAAAUGCGGCUUUGGUUGUCAUAUCCUGCAAUUGCUAUAACGGCAUGUGGUUCAGUUGUAUGGGGAAUUAGUGUUGACAAGCACUACCACUGGAUGGUCGGACAAGUGGCAUUUUUCCUAUUUGCCGCGGGCAUCCAAAUGGGGAAUACUGCCAUAAGCAGUUAUAUCAUUGACGCUUACCCCUUACAAUCCACAAGUAUUGUGACUUUCUACGCUGUCUUCUUCAACAUGAGCGCUUUUAUCAACCCCUUCUUCAUUGCUGCAUGGGAAGCGGCUGUAGGGUGGACAUGGACUUUCACGACCCAAGCAUUGAUCAUGGUCUCUCUCUCUACCUUAUUGAUGAUUAUUUUGCAUAAGUACGGUGCAUGGAUACGGGAACAUUCACCAGAGCCAUCUUGGGUCAAUCCGGAAUAUGACUUG